AUGCUCAACCCUCAAAAUCGCAAUACUGAACCUAACGACAAAAACCCGAAAAAAGAAGUGAUGGGUCUUUCCACUUCUCAUUUGGUUGUCAACCCACAUUACCUGCCCACGAACCUUGAGCUCGUUGGUCCUGUAACAACAAUCACCGUGUGUGUGCCGCUGUUUGACAUCCUUUACUCGGCGAAACUAGCAUUUUCUCGAUGCAAAUUUCAGCACUCAUUCGUUCACCUUAUUUCCUUGUCUUCCAACGGGGGUUUCACCUCGAACAAAACAAUCCAAAAGCACAAAAAAAGUUGA